AUUAACACAUGAACAUUUAACACAGUGGAGACAGAGCUGACUUCCAAAAUGAUUUGGCGACCCCCAGAAAUCAUCUCAAGACCCCAAUUUGGGUCCCGAGCCCAAGGUUGAGAACAGCUACUCUAGAGGGUUAAUCUCUACUACACAGUGCUGUAAUGAAUAUCCGUCAGGUAACUCAACUCCUCUCUGAUGUCAUGAAAAGUAAUUGAAACCUUGCAGAAGGCUGCAGCCAUGGAGCCGACCGGAUCCCCGCCUCUCACCGGACAAAAACUCCGCUAUGGGGAGAAGCUCGACUGUGGGAACAUGGCGCACUUACUCUGGAUUAACUUUCGCCAGGAAAAAGUUUGGAAGUGCGCUGAAUAGCACACCAAUCCGCCCAGUUUAUCGAUAAGUGAGCGCGCUGCAGACUGUCAGUGUGUUGGGCUGGACUCGAACUCUUCUCGCAUUGUUUCUGAUGGUGUGUUUUCCUGUCCUGCCUCACUGGGAUGAAAGUUUGUCGCCGCCGGAUUUAGCCGAGAGCAGGAUGGAAAAGCAAAGAACGAGGAAAGAAAAGUUCUCUCUGUUCGGUUCUCGCUCCACCAGCAGGACCACCAACCCUCCCUCCUCCUCCUCCUCCUCUUCCUCCCCCGUCGUCCCUUCAGCCUCGCCGGCAGUGAAAAGGAUCGACCGGCCGUCCGCCGCUCCUCCCGCUCCGCCCGGUUUAAGCAAAGCUGAGUUCCUGGAGCGCGUGCGGCGCAGUAACCAGGCCUGCCAGCAGGGGGAGUACGCUCUGGCGGUGCGUCUCUACAGCGAGGCGCUGACCGCCGACCCUCAGAACUGCAUCCUGUACAGUAACCGCUCCGCCGCCUAUCUCCGGCUGGGCCAGUACGGCACGGCGCUGGACGACGCCAUCAAAGCACGACUCAUCAACCCCAAGUGGCCCAAGGCCUACUUUCGUCAGGGGGUUGCCCUGCAGUACCUGGGUCGCCAUGCCGACGCCCUGGCAGCUUUCGCCUCCGGCCUCGCCCAGGACCCCAAGAGUCUGCAGCUGCUGGUCGGCAUGGUGGAGGCCGCCAUGAAGUCUCCCCUCAGAGACACUCUAGAGCCGACCUACCAGCAGCUGCAGAAGAUGAAGCUGGAUAAGAGUCCCUUCGUGGUGGUGUCGGUCAUCGGUCAGGAGCUGCUGACUCACAGCUUCCACGGCGCCUCCGUGGUGGUGCUGGAGGCCGGGCUGAAGAUCGGCACAUGCUCGCUGAAGCUGCGAGGAUCCGUCUUCUCUGCCCUGAGCUCCGCCUACUGGUCUCUGGGGAACGCGGAGAAGAGCAUGGCGUACAUGCAGCAGGACCUGGAGGUCACCAAGACUCUGGGUGACCAGUCAGGUGAGUGCCGCGCUCACGGGAACCUCGGCUCCGCCCUCUUCUCUAAAGGAAGCUACAGAGAAGCGCUGGCCAAUCACAGGAACCAGCUGGUGCUCGCCAUGAAGCUCAAGGACAGGGAGGCAGCGUCGGGCGCUCUGAGCGGUCUGGGUCAUGUGUACACGGCUAUCGGCGACUACCCCAACGCGCUGGCGAGCCACAAACAGUGUGUGCUGUUGGCGCGACAGACGCAGUGCCAGCUCUCCGAGGCGCGCCAGCUGGGCAACAUGGGCGCCGUGUACACGGCGCUGGGAGACUUCACCAACGCCGUGCAGAGCCACGAGCAGCACCUGGACAUCGCUAAGACUCUGGAUAACCGGCGUGAGGAGGCGCGGGCGUACAGUAACCUGGGGAGUGCCUACCACUCCCAGCGGGACUUCGAUAAGGCCAUAUCGUACCACACACGAGUCCUGGAGCUGGCUCAGGAGCUGGGAGACAGAGCGGUGGAGAUGAGGGCGUACGCCGGGCUGGGGCACGCCGCACGGUGCAUGCAGGACCUGGAGCGAGCUCGUCAGCACCACCAGCACCAGCUGGAGAUCGCUCAGGAGCUUCAGGACAGAGCGGCUCAGGGCCGAGCGUCCUCCAACCUGGGCAUCAUCCACCAGAUGAAGGGCGAGUAUGAAACAGCGCUGAAGCUGCAUAAAGCCCACCUGGCCUUCGCCCAGGAGCUGAGUGACUACGCUGCCCAGGGCAGGGCGUACGGCAACAUGGGCAACGCCUACCACGCCCUGGGCAUCUACGAGCAGGCCGUCCGCUACCACCGCCAGGAGCUGCAGAUCUCUCUGGAGGUGAAUGAUCGUCCGUCUCAGGCCUCCACACACGGGAACCUGGCCGUGGCGUACCAGGCUCUGGGGGCUCACGACCGCGCUCUGCAGCACUACCUUCAUCACCUCACCAUCGCACGGGAGCUCCGGGACACGCAGAGCGAGGCCAGGGCGCUAGCAAACUUGGGGAACUUCCACAGCUGGAGAGGAGAGUACGCUCAGGCCCUGCCGUACUACCAGCAGUACCUGGCUCUGGCUCCGGGUCUGCAGGACCUGGAGGGAGAGGGGAAGGUCUGCCACAACCUCGGCUACGCUCACUACUGCCUGGGACAGUACCGGGACGCUGUCAGGUAUUAUGAGCAGGAUCUGGCCCUGGCCAAGGACCUGCAGGACAAGUUGGCCCAGGCCAAAGCCUACUGUAACCUGGGUCUGGCCCACAAAGCUCUGGGGGAGUACAAGAAGGCUGAGGAGUGUCAGAGAUACCUGCUGUCUCUGGCUCAAACACUGGACAACACACAGGCGGUGUUCAGGGCCUUUGGGAACCUGGGCGAUGUGUGUGUGUGUCGGGGUGAUCUCCCCGGAGCCGUCAGGUUCUACCAGCAGCAGCUGAGUCUGGCUCAGAAGGUCGACAACCAGAAGAUGGAGGCCGACGCCUACUCUGCUCUGGGAUCAGUUCACAGGUUGCUCCGGCAGCUGGAUGCAGCGUUGUCCUUCCACAGUCAGGAGCUGACCCUACGCAAGGAUCUGGGGGACCAGCAGGGGGAGUGCCGCGCCCUCGGGCACCUGGCGGCGGUCCACAUGGCGCUGGGAGACUACGCCACCACCUUCCAGUGUUACGAGGCCCAGCUGGGCCUGGCGCAGGGGCUCAGGGACGCCCGGCUGGAGGCGCAGGUCCACGGGAACAUGGGCAUCACCAAGAUGAACAUGGCCGUGUUCGAGGAGGCCAUCGGUUACUUCGAGCAGCAGCUGGCCAUGCUGCAGCAGCUGAGCGGGACGGAGAGCAUGCUGGACCGAGGCCGGGCCUACGGGAACCUGGCAGACUGCUACGACGCUCUGGGAGACUACGAGGAGGCCAUCCAGUACUACGAGAAGUACCUGACGGUGGCUCAGAGUCUCAACCACGUCCAGGACCAGGAGAAGGCCUACAGAGGACUCGGCAAUGCUCACAGGUCUUUGGGCAGCCUGCAGCAGGCGUUGGUGUGCUUUGAGAAGCGUCUGGUUGUGGCUCAUGAGCUCGGAGGAGAAGGAGGCGGGAAGGCUCAGGCGUACGGGGAGCUGGGCACCUUACACAGCCAGCUGGGCAACUACGAGCAGUCGCUGUCCUGCCUGGAGCACCAGCUGAACAUCGCACGCACAGCAGGGGAUAAAUCCCUGGAAGCGGAGGCGAGCGAUGCACUUGGAGGCGUUUAUCAGCUGAUGGCAGACAAUGAGACGGCGCUGCAGUGGCACCAGCGGGCUCUGGACAUCUCGGAGCAGACGGGCUGUGUGAGGAGUCAGGGCCGGGCCUACGGGAACCUGGGUCUGACCUACGAGGCUCUGGGGAAACACGAGCGGGCCGUGGUGUUCCAGGAGCAGCACCUCAGCGUGGCGGCGCAGACCAACGACCUGAUCGCUAAAACUCUGGCCUACGGCAGCCUGGGGAGGACACACCACGCCCUGCAGAACUACGCUCAGGCUGUGAUGUACCUGCAGGAAGGUCUGCGUCUGGCCGAGCAGUUAGGUCGCAGAGAAGACGAAGCAAAGAUCCGCCACCGGCUCGGCCUCUCGCUGUGGGCCGGAGGAAACCUGGAGGAGGCCCAGCACCAGUUGUACAGAGCGUCCGUUUUGUUCGAGACGAUCCGUCAUGAGACGCAGCACAGCACAGAUUACAAACUCUCUCUGUUUGAUCUGCAAACCAGCUCGUACCAGGCUCUCCAGAGGGUCCUCGUCAGCCUCGGACGCCACGACGAGGCGCUGGCCAUAGCGGAGCGAGGCCGGACACGAGCCUUCGCCGACCUUCUGGUGGAGCGGCAGCAAGGAAGCCAGGCGGCGGCGAGCGCCGACCCUUACAUCCCCGUCACCGUGGAGCACAUCCUGGAGACGGUGAACGGCCAGAGGGCCGUGGUGCUCUACUACUCUCUGGCUGGAGGGUUCCUCUACAGCUGGCUCAUAGCUCCAGGGACAGGUAUUGUGAAGUUUAACGAGGUGGAUCUGGGCGAGGCCACGGUGGAGGAGUUCCACGAUGGAGGAGGAGGAGGAGGAGGAGGUGGAGGGAGUCCUCAGGCUGGAGGAGCAGGAGGAGGUCCUCUGUCUCUGGAUCAGUACAUCUGUAACGCCAGAGAGGCUCUGGGCGUGGACAGCCACUACAGCAGAGUUUGUUCCAGCAGUGAGACUGAGAGUGAAGCUGGAGAUCUGUUGGAGCAGCAGUUUGAGGAGCUCAACAACAAGCUGACGUCAGCCACCGACCCCACAGGAUACCUGCGCAUGGUGUCCAGGAACAACCUCUUCAACAGGAGCUGUCAGAGCAUGACGAGUCUCUACAGCGCCACCGUGUCUCCAGUGAAGGACAGUUUAUCGUCUCCUCCUCACCGCCUCAGUAACAUCAGCAAACCUCCUCUACGAGCUCUGUACGACCUGCUCAUCGCUCCCAUGGAAGGGGGCCUGAUGCACAGCAGUGGACCUGUGGGCCGCCACAGACAGCUGGUGCUGGUGCUGGAGGGAGAGCUGUACCUGAUCCCGUUCGCUCUGCUCAAAGGCAGCUCGUCCAACGAGUACCUGUACGAACGCUUCAGCCUCAUCUCUGUCCCUUCUCUCAGCAGCCUGGGAGCCGCCAUCAAGCCUCAUCCUCGCCGCGGCGGCCCGUUGCUGUGCUCAGACGGAGGCUCCGUGGCGGCGGUGGUCGGGGCCCCUCGCCUGCCCUCCUCUGUGAUGGACCGCUGGCUGUGGGGCCCGCUGCCUUCAGCCCAGGACGAGGCUCUGUGGCUGGGGGAGCAGCUGGGCUGUCACCCCCUCACCGGAGCCAACGCAACCAGGGAGCGCGUGCUCGCCGCCCUGAGCCAGGCAGAGUGCGUCCAUUUCGCCACUCACAUAUCCUGGAAGCUCGCCGCUCUGGUGCUCGCCCCCAGCCAGGAGCACGCCGGGGGAGAGGGCGGGGCCGGCGGGCGUCCUCGGGAGAAGUCGCCGUGCGGAGGGUCGACCUCGGGCGGGUUUGCAAAGAGUCACAGCAGCCCGGAAAGACUCAGAGCAGCAGAGGACGCCAGCGAGGACGGGGAGAGUGUGUGUGACGUAGAGAGUGUGUGUGACAGCCCGCCGCUUCACGACUUCCUCCUCACUGCUGCUGAUAUUCUGGACCUGUGUUUGACCGUCAAACUGGUGGUUUUAAGGUUGUACCCGGAGUCCAGCAGCAGGGUGACGGCGGACGGUGUGGUGGGUCUGACCCGAGCCUUCCUGGCUGCAGGGGUGCAGUGUGUGUGUGUCUCCCUGUGGCCCGUUCCCAUCGCCGCCUCCAAACUUUUCACACACACCUUCUACACGGCUCUGCUGAACGGGACCAAAGCCAGCGUGGCGCUGACGGAGGCCAUGAAGAUUCUGCAGAGCAGCAAACACUUCUCACACCCGUCCAACUGGGCCGGCUACAUGCUGAUUGGCAGCGAUGUGAAGCUGAACAGUCCCAUGUCUCUGGUUGGUCAGGCUCUGUCAGAGAUCCUGCAGCACCCAGAGAGAGCCAGAGACGCCCUGAGAGUGCUGCUGCACCUGGUUGAGAAGUCUUUGCAGCGCAUUCAGAGCGGCCAGUGCAACCCGAUGUACACCUCACAGCAGAGUGUGGAGAACAAGGUCUGCGGGGUGCCCGGCUGGCAGGCCCUCCUGUCUGCGGUGGGUUUCCGGUUAGACUUCUCCGGCAGCGGCGCUGGACUCCCCGCGGCGGUUUUCUUCCCGACCUCGGACCCUGGAGACCGGCUGCAGCAGUGCAGCACCACUCUGCAGUCCCUGCUCGGUCUCACUCCUCCAGCUCUGCAGGCGCUCUGCAAACUGGUCACAGUGUCUGAGGCCGGAGAGCAGCUCAUUCACAAGGCGGUUAAAAGCAUGGUGGGAAUGCUCCACCAGGUGCUGGUUCAGCUGCAGUCGGGCGACAAAGAACAAGACUUCUCUCUGGCUCCCAUCCAGGUGUCCAUCAGCGUGCAGCUCUGGAGGCUUCCAGGCUGCCACGAGUUCCUGGCGGCGCUCGGUUUUGACCUGUGUGAGGUGGGUCAGGAGGAGGUGGUGUUGAAGACGGGGAAGCAGGCCAGCAGGCGCAUCAUGCACUUCGCCCUGCAGGCUCUCCUCGCUCUGUUUGACUCCACAGAGCUCCCCAAGCGUCUGAGCAUGGACAGCUCCUCGUCCCUGGAGUCCCUGUCCUCCUCUCAGUCCGCCUCCCAGCCUCACUCCCUGCCCCUCUCCUUCGGCUGCUACCCUCCUCAGCCCUCCUUCUUGCCCCCCGUGUGCCCCGACAACCUCUCCUGCGACGCCAUCUCCGUCUACAGCCUCAGCUCCCUCGCCUCCUCCCUCAGCUUCCUGUCCCGGCCCGAGCCCGCAGGAAGUGACAUCAUCAGCCAGCGCUCGUCCCAUCAGCACGAUCUGGAGAGAGCUCGCGGGGGGGGAGGAGGGGGGCUCUACGCCUCGCAGCGCCACUCGGGCGGCCUGUCCAGAGGUCGACUGACCAAUCGGGGCGGAGGAGCGUCAGGAGAGGGGGAGGAGGAGGAGUACGAGGGGUACUCCAUCAUCAGCAGCGAGCCGCUAGGGCGAGGGAGGAGGGAGUGUGACACGCUGCCUCUACCUGCAGGACACAGACACGGCAGAGGAGGAGCAGGGAGGGGGGCUGCCGGGGGUCACGGGGGUCACGGGUACCCCAUCACAGUCUCCUCUAAAGGAAGCAUCAGCACGCCAACGUCUCCCAUCAAAGCGCCACCGCCACCGCCACCACUUAAAGUUCCCACCAAGCCCAGGCAGGAAAUCUCACCUCCUCAGAGGACGGGGAAAGGGAAGGUCAGCAGCUCGGAGUCGGACCAGUCGAGCACGGAGACGGACAGCACGGUGAAGUCCCAGGAGGAGAGGAUGGGGCCCGCGGGACAGCUGGACCCCCAGGAGCUGGCCCAGAAGAUCCUGGAGGAGACGCAGAGCCACAUGCAGGCUGUGGAGAGCCUGCAGAAGGCAAACCUCCGCGGGAGAGAAGACGCACACGCCAGGACGCCGUCGCUGUCCACUCCCUCAACGCCCACUCUGUCCCCCAGCGGAGGAGGACGAGGCUUCCAGCCCUCUGAGACCAGCGCGUUCAGCAGACCCCCCAGCAGAGCCAGCCUGAAGGCCUGCUCCUCUCCUCUCUCCCUCUCCACCCAUCUGUCCCCCCUCUCUGCUUCUGUCUCCACGCCUCCGCCGACUCGGCCCAAACCUCCGUCCCGCUCCUCGUCUCUGCAGAAGAUCAGCUCUGGCUACAGCAGCCCGGCCCGCUCCUCUCCCUCUUUAUCUCUCUCUGUGAAAGAACAAGCUUCUCCAGAUUUGCAGGCUCAGCUCAAACUCAAGUACCCUACCUCACCUUACACCACCCACAUCUCCCCGUCACACUCUCCUGCUGACAGCGCCCCCUCGCCGGCCCUGUCCUACUCCUCCACCGGAUCCGUUUCAGCCUCCUCCAGUCCUGCAAACACCCCGGAACUCACCCAGUCCAAGCGGGACCAUAAAGUCCAGGCCAUUCAUAACUUAAAGACCUUCUGGGCCAACGCGGGCCAGAAACACGAGGGGCCCUGCCCUGCCAGUUUGCUCCGAGGCGGGAAUAAAAAAAUGAGUACAGUCCAGAAAGAUGUUCUGGGUUUGCUUAAUCUCUCACCGAGACACGAUUCUGUGAGCAGGAACGGAGAAGGAGGAUCUGAGGAUCACAGCACUGCUGACAGGGCGAACGGGCACCAGAAACUGGAGACUAAACCUCCUCCGGCUCCGUCGUCUAACUCUAAAGGAGCCAUCAAACUCCCCUCUGGGAACGGCUACAAGUUUCUCUCACCCGGACAUUUUUUUCCAUCCUCUAAAUGUUGAGAGUGUCAUGCUGAACCCGGAGCCAGAGGGCCAAACUUCUCUUCCAUUUCUGGUGUUUGUGCUACGACAUAUGGAAGCUCAUUUCUGCAAGAGAAAGAAAAAAAUAAGAUGAAAACUUAACCUUGUGGUGAAAAAAUAGAUCCUGUGAUAUAAUAAGAAGCUUUCUUGAAAUCAAGACUUAGUAUUGCAACAUAAUGACUUAAUAUCUCACAAUAAUGAGAAACUUGGUCAAAAUAAAUCUUGAAAUAAUCACUUAGUAUUUCAACAAAUCAACUUUGCAUUGCACCUUAUGACACCAUUAUUUGAAAAUAAUGAGAACGUUUGACAAAAUAAUGACUUUUCAUAAUAACUUAGUAUCUACAUAAUGACUUAGUAUCCCAAAACAAUUAGAAACUUCAAUGUAAACUGUAACAAAAUAAAGACUCAUCUCAAAUGUUGUCAAAAUUAUGGCUUAUCUCAAUAUUAUGUCUUUGUAUCUCAGCAUUUUAUGACUAUUUGAGAUACUAAGUCAUUAUUUCUAGAAAGUUUCUCAUUAGCAUGACUAACAGGAUCUUUUUUAUUUAACCACAUUGGCAGAAAUUAACUUCCACAAUGACAGAAUCCAUUUGUCAGCUAAAUACUACCACAUUUUUUAGCAAUACCUGCUGAAGACUAAGAAUAAAAAAAGUACUGUUUGAUACUGACAGUGAUUUUACAUGUCACUACUUUUUUGUGAAGGGAUGUUAAUGUUUGAAUGUGAUGACUGUGCCUUCUUCUGGAGAGAGCUGGAAGGACUUUAAUGUUUUCCUGACUGACAGAAACCAUGUGUGUGUACUGGAUGCCUGACAAAACCUUCCCUGUCCAGAAAUGCUCGCUAUAUUUGUGUAAGUUGAUUUAUUGUGUGAUAAUUAUUGUUAAAUGUCAUUAUCAGCGCUUAUUGUUGUCAUUUAUUUUGUAAAGUAAGCUGUGUUUUCCGGUCAUUAUUACACAUUUUAUAAAUCCAAUUAAAGGAAGACGUAAGGAAAACAUUUUGAUAUUUUUUAUGGAGAUUUGAUGUGCGUGUCAGCAUGGUACCUCUUGCUGUUCAGUGUGUCAGUGACUUUAUAAUGUACCAUUUUGCAGCGGUGCCAGACUCCCAUUUAGAAAAGUGGACAAAUAAAAAUGUUCCUUUCCUUG